AUGGAAGAAGCCUACAACAACGCUUCUAAACACAUAGCUGUACUUGCCUUCCCCUUCGGCACACGUGCUGCUCCUCUUCUCAACAUCAUCCUUCAGCUAUCCGACGCAUGCCCCGACAAGGUGUUUUCCUUCCUUAGCACCCGACGAUCGAACGGUUCGCCGUUUCCGAAGAAGCUAGACAAUGUUAAGCCUUUCGACGUGCGGGAUGGACUGCCCGAGGGGUGUAUGUUUAAGGAUGAUCCUAAUGAGCCCGUAGAAUGUUUCCUUAAGGCGGUACCGGGGAAUUUCACGGUGGUUUUGGAUGAAGUUGUGGCCGAAACUGGUAAGCCAAUUGAUUGUUUGAUAACGGAUGCAAUUUAUGCGUUCGGAGCUGAUAUCGCAGAUGAAUUGAACGUCCCUUGGGUGGCGAUUUGGACCGGUGGCUGCAGAGCUCUCUUUGUUCAUGUCGAGAUAGAUUUUAUUCGUGAGUAUGUAGGAAUUAAUGGUCCACAAGACAAGUCACUUAAAUUUUUCCCUGAUUUUUCUCAUAUACGUGCUGCCGACUUACCCUGUGGAAUAACCACCGGCGAUUUCAAUGCUGCCGUACCAGCAAUGCUGCAAAAGAUGGGACUGGAACUGCCACGUGCCACUGCAAUCGCCGUAAAUUCAUACGAAGACUUGGAUAGCAAAGUUGUCAACAUUCUUAAACAAAGAUUCGACAUGUAUCUCAGUAUCGGUCCCUUCAAUCUAGUAUCAGUCUCCGACUCGCACGGCUGCUUGGACUGGCUGAGCCAGCACGAUCUGGAAUCGGUGGCGUACAUCAGCUUCGGAAGCGCGACAACGCCACCGCCCCAGGAGCUGCAAGCAUUAUGUGAAGCCCUGGAGGAAAGUGAGUUCCCAUUUCUUUGGUCUUUUAGAGGAAACUCUGAGAAACAAUUGCCAUCAGGGUUCCUCGAAAGAACGAGCUCAAAAGGGAAGAUAGUUCCACGGGCUCCUCAGCAGAAAAUAUUGGAACAUCCGUCGGUCGGGGUAUUCGUAAGUCACGGUGGAUGGAAUUCGGUCCUGGAAAGUAUCAUGGGCGGUGUGCCUAUGAUUUUAAGGCCGUUUUCGGGAGACCAAGGAUUGAACACUCGAACCGUGGAGGCUGUAUGGGGAUUCGGUUUGGGGUUAGAGGGAGGAACAAUGACGAAAGAAGGAGCAAUGAAAGCGUUGAAGUUGACACUGAUCAGCCAACAAGGGAAGCAGAUGAGAGACAAAAUUGGACUACAGAAAGAGCUGGCUUACAAUGCUGUGAAAAGCAGAGGUAGUUCGGUUGAGAAUUUCAAAACACCGGUAAAAGUUGUGAACAAACACCAAUUUAAUUGA